AUCUCUCUCCAGCACCAACAUGUGAAAACGUCAUGACGCUAGGCGUAAUGUUCAGUCCGUCCCCUAUGGUGAAUGAAGAAUCCGCUAUCCAAUUGUGGCACUGCCAUUGUCGAAAACAGCAACAUUGUUUCCUUCUGUAGACAAAGGGGCCUCGACAACCCGGUAAAUUACUGAAGAGUUAUCCAGUGCGGUGGCUUCUUGGUGAAGAGAUGGAAAAACAACCGAGGUUGUUGGCAUCCCAACUCCUACUGAAAAACAGCUUCUUCGAAGUGUCGUUAAACGGUGUGCUUCUGACGUGGAAAGAGAUUCCGACCAAGAAAAAACGCGUUUCGGGCGGCAUACAUUACCCAUUUAAAGUCGGUUUCUGUUUUCCUAAGUUUCACCGCAGAGGCAAAGGAGAGUCAGGUACCAGCCACAGUGUGUCAGUGUCUGAGAUCCUAGCAGUCAGGGAGCUCGAUGUGGACAGCAAGACGAAAGAUGACGGCAGGUGGCAGAAAAUGCCUCAGAAAUCGACUGAGGCCUAUCCAUAUGCAUUCACAGUGUCCUAUGUGGAGAGAGCCUGGCAGCACCGCUGGCGGUGUAGUGACGUCACCUUCCACUGUCUAGAGGGGGCACUGUGUCAGCAGUGGGUCCAGACCAUCAGAGGGCAGCUCGCAGCACUGACCAGCAGACCCAAGCAUUUGCUGGUGUACAUCAACCCCUAUGGGGGCAAGCAGCAAGGCAAGUGCAUUUACGAGCAGAAAGUCGCCCCUCUCUUCACCUGUGCCUCCAUCUCCACGGACGUGAUUGUUACAGAGCAUGCCAAUCAUGCCAGGGACCACCUGAGGACAGAGGCUGAGUUGAAGCAAUAUGAUGGAGUGGUGUGUGUGGGCGGGGACGGCAUGUUCAGUGAGAUAGUUCAUGGCCUGGUCUCCCGGACCCAGAGGGACAACGGCGUGGACCAGAACAGCCCGGAGGAGAAGCUGGUACCCUGCACUCUGCGCAUCGGCAUUAUACCCGCAGGUUCGACGGACUGCAUCUGCUAUGCAACUGUAGGCAUCAAUGAUCCUGUGACCUCAGCCUUACACAUCAUAGUGGGAGAUGCCCAGCCAAUGGACGUGUGCUCGGUCCAUCACAACAACACAUUCCUGAGGUACUCUGUGUCCCUGCUUGGGUACGGUUUCUAUGGCGACGUGCUGGCAGACAGCGAGAGGAAACGAUGGAUGGGACCAGCCAGAUACGACUUUUCAGGUUUUAAGACGUUUCUCACACAUCACUACUAUGAAGGGACUGUGUCUUUUCUACCAGCAACUGACAUACUGGGAACACCACGAGACAAGACCAGGUGUAGAGCUGGGUGCUUCAUAUGCCAACACAACGGACAGCUGUAUUCCGAGGACGCCCCAGAGAUUUGCAAGACUGAUCCAGAUGUCUCAGACAGUGAAUACGAAGGGGGAUGGCGGGUGAUCAGAGGGAAAUUCCUGGCCAUCAACGCGGCCAGUAUGAGCUGUGCCUGUCCCCGUAGCCCCAAGGGCCUGUCCCCCGCCGCCCACCUCGCUGACGGCACCACCGACCUCAUCCUCGUGCGCAAGUGCUCCCGAUUCAACUUCCUGCGCCACCUGCUACGCCACACCAGCAAAUACGACCAGUUUGACAUGACCUUUGUAGAAGUGCACCGUGUGCGGCGUUUCCACUUCACGCCGCGCCACUGCCAGAGCGACUCAGAGCUGGACCUGAGGGAGAACGGCAAGCGGCUUUUCAGCCAGAUCUGCCGAGACCACCCGGCCUGCAGCUGCAGCCCUGCCUACAGCAGCUGGAACUGUGACGGCGAGAUCCUCCCCCAUGCAGCCAUUGAAGUCGGAGUGCACUGCCAGUUGAUCAAGCUGUUUGCGCGAGGGAUCGAAGAGCAGCCUGUGUUUGAGGACCUUGCCAACCCGUGUGCAAUAUAGAUCCCCCUCUGCUGCCCUACCUUAUCAAAGUCACUGGAACAGUCCUACUGCAUUUUUUAAAAAGGAUGUCGCCCUGUGCACUACCUUUUUCUGAUGUACUUUUAGGUGUUUCAGACAUUUGUUACCUGGAGCCAUUUUUGUUUUUCCGCCACAUUUUAGAGUUCACAAGUUCACAGUUCAAAGAGUGCUGGUGCUGGUACACUUACGGAGAGGUUCACUAUCCACAUCCACUAUACUGAAGAAGAAAUCAUGAAAAUACUAAACAUUAUUGAAUGUAGCCUUUCCCCCUUUUCGACUCUCCUUUUGCAAUAGAGCGAUGUUAACCUAGCACUUAACAUGCUGCUCAACAUUUGUAGAACUCCUCUUUGCACGUGUUACAGUGUAUGAUGCUCCAAAUUAUGAAUAACUGUUACAACAUUUUGUUUAUUUAUGCAUUUGGAGAAAACAUUUAAUUAGAGGAUGUUUGAAUUUUACUAGCUGCUUGCACUUUUGUUUCAAAUAGGCCCUAUGCAUUUUGACCUUUUAAGUAAUGCGUUGUUGGAAGUUAUUUCCCUGCACCUAAAAAGCAUGAAUUUGAAUACAUUUGUAUGGAUGAUCGGAUAUUGGGUGAACCAGAGAACUCUCUAGGGCAGUGUUUCCCAACUCCAGUCCUCAAGUGCCCCCAACAGUACAUAUUUUUGUUGUGGCCCCGAACAAGCACAACUGAUUAUACUUGUCAACUAAUCAUCAAGCCCUUGACAAGUUGAACCAGGGGCCUCAUUUAUCAACCGUGCAUGCAUUUCUUACUUAGUUCUGGCGUACGUGGAGAUUCUAGGAUUUGCGUGCACAACAAAUUUAUCAAACUGUCGCACGCAACAUAUACGCAUGUUUUCAUGCUUUAAUCAGAGCCAUACUAUACUUGUGGGCUUGUGAACGAGCACUACAACCCGACCUGGAAAACACCCUCCAUUCACCUUUUAUGGUAACAACAAUGCCCUCAUUUGCUGUAUGAUUUUGAGAUGUUGGAGCUGGGCCAUGAUCGUUUCUAAAAUAAAUCGUAAUAGCAAAUUCUAUCACAUUUCAAUCUUUUGCAGUGACAUAUGCCACCUAUAGCGAGUGCAAACACUGUCCGCGCGUACUGCAAGAUUGAUUGUCCAUUCAAACAAUUUACAAGUAAAUGCUACAGCCCACACUUCUAUGCAAAAUACUAAUUGUUGUUCAAUAUUCUGUUAAUCAAUAGAUGAUUGUGUUUCUAUCUCUUGCCUUGGUAUAGGCUCUGAGAUUAAUAGGCUAUUAUGUCUCACUCCUAUCGCACAUUAAUACUGUAGCCUACCCAUACUGUCAUAUACCUAUUUACUUUCGAGCAUGGUUGGUUAUUGAAUAAGUGAUGGAUAAAUGGUAGCCUAAUAUUUGUUGCGUAGCGGGAAUAAACCAGUCGUCAGAAAAGGAGAGAUGUCCUGCAAUAUGAUUUAGGUCUAUAUAAGUAAAAUGAAUAUAUUAGGCAACAUGCUGCUAUGCGAUCUUCUUACCAACGGCAAAUGCAUCUGUUUUAUCAUUAGACCAACGUUUUAAUGUUUUUGUUAUCCUAACAUUCUUAUAAUUCCUGUGCAUCAAACACCUCCAUUUCCCCCAAAAUAACAUAAUUUGCUUGCAAUACCACUAGAUCAACCACUAGAAGUUGUAUGGUUUGAGAUUUGCGUGGAGCUAUGCACGCUUUCCCAUCAAGUUCAAAAUUGGUAAAUACCAAUCUUUGCGGGAAAACUGCUGCAUGCAAGGUUUAGUCUUUUUUGUGCGCACGCACAUUGAUAAAUGAGGCCCCAGUUGUUUUUGUCUGGGGCUACAACAAAAAUGUGUGCUGUUGGGGGUUCUCGAGGACAGGAGUUGGGAAACACUGCUCCAGGGGUACCAGAUACCAUCCAGACUCUCACCUUAAAGGAGAAGUUAGCUUUUUUACAAACAUAAUCUGUAUUUUGUAUGUAAAUGGAAUGUUCUACAAGGGUCCAGACACUUUUUUGCGAUUUCACGUGUUUGUGAGAAAGUUACCCCAAACAGCGAUUCACUUCCUCAUCCUUGUUUUGCAAUACGGGGGCUCUGAAAAAACAUGAGCAAAUGCUCCAAAAACACCCAAAUACGUGAUUUUUUAAACGGAAAUGCUCUCAGUAUAGUAAUGCAGGUCUUUAGAUGUUGUACACAUGUAAUUGUGUCAUUCCGAUCUUUUCCGCAACGCUAUAUUCCUUUUUGUGCGACUCGAGUUUCCCCCAUCCAGCUGUUCCAUUCUCCAUGUAGCCUGCUGCUAGAAUGGACGGAGAGGUAUCACUCCAGUCGCAACAAAAUGGAAUAUAACGUUGCGGAUAAAGUUCAGAAUGACACAAUUUCAUGUGUACAAUAUUGGAAUUUGGCUUCUAGGUACCCUUGCUAAGGCCAGAGGUCACCGUAAAGCAGGUCUUAGUAACUGUUAUCUGGGCCCUUGAGCCAUAAAAUUGGCCAUGGGUGUCCUUAAGCGAUUUAAGAUGUUUCAAAUGUAUAUAGUCUAUUCAACCCCAAGGUCUCAGACUUGAUUUAAUGCUUUGGCACCAGGCAUGGAAGGAUGAAACAGCGAACAGAUAAGGCAAGAGUAUUUGGGUCUGCCCUCCCCUCUGGUGGUAGAUUUGCUGUGAAUCUCUUAGAAGAACGUGUCCGUCUCUUCAUAUCCAUAUGUCUCUCUAUUAAACCUUUAAAUAUA